CGGCACAGUCCACUCGGCGAUACGACCCAUGCUGGACCGUCGUCGCUCUGGUCCACGCCGGCAUCAGGCAUCCAGCACCCGCGCCGUCGCCACCAGGCCGCCGCACCAGACAGCCGCACCAGCCCGCCGAGGCCACACGUCAACGAGGACGCGGUAUCGUCGCACGUCGACGUCGCGUCACCGUGAUCGCGCGUGGUCCAGGGACCGCGGGUGCGCCACGCCGACUGCCGGCAAUUAGAAAUAGAAAAAAAAAACAAAACGAGGCUUACAGAGAGAAGAGAGAAAGAAAGAGAGAGAGAGAGAGGACGUUGAAGGAUCUGAGGACGACCGCCGGACGACGACCGUCUGGGAACUCCGGUUCAUCGAACUCGCGCGAAACAUCGCGCCGCGACUACGGCGGGACACUCGCGGCGCGACGCUUUUGGACUUGUUUAUAUUUUCCUUUCGUUUUUUUUUUCUUUCUAUUUAAUUCGCUACCGCAUAUCGAGGCGAGGUUCGGAGGUGACAGCAGUGAGCGGACGAUCAACGUGAAGAAGCAAUAUUGGCAAUCGGAUAUCGUGAAUUCGCCUGUGCGGGGAAUCGACUGUGACUGUGAACUCUGUUGACUACUUGACGACGAGCAGCGCAUUCGUUUGCGACCUAUAAAGUGCCUGCAGUCGUGCCGCGUGUUGGCGCAACGUCGGCUUCGCAGGUGUCGCAGGGAAAUUGACCAGCGGCGAAUCGACGCACAGAACUGUCAAUCGCGAAGGUGCCGCCGUUCCCGCCGGACGGGCACGUAAACGUCAUCCCGCACCUGUGCACGCUGAUCGUUCCGGUCAGUUAGUCACUCGGUCAGCGCCUGGUAUCGACACUACCAUUCGCAGAGUCGCGGUGUCACAUAUUUUAUGUCGCGUGUAUAUCUCGCGGUGGUGAACGCGGUGCAGUCGCGAAGGGAUGCGGCCAAUGAGGAACAUGAGGACCGACAUUAGUUGACGAAGAAGUGCCCAGGUUGCGGUGCCCAGGUGCGCGAGACGACGUAUCGGAUAAUCGCGUCCGUUAAAGAGAGUCGCGCGAGUCGCGGUAGAAAGAACUGGACACACAGCGUGUCCCUAAAAAAAAAGAGGGAAGAACGUGAGGACAGUGUCUGGAGUUAUCCCGGGAAAAAUCGGAUGGACCCUCUCGCGGAGGGCGAGAACACGCGGCGGAGGUGAGAGGGAGGAGGGCGGAAGCGUGACGACGGCCGAGAUCGGGAUCGGGUCCCUUGUUGUCCUGUUGGUUCUGCCACCGACGUGCGCUUGUCGCUUCCUCCUUCCUCAUCUCGUCCCCGCGGAUGUGAUUCAGGAGACCGGAAAGUAACACAACUGGCCCCUCGGUCCCGUCGACAACAACAGCAACUGCAAACCCCUUUCCGUCCUGGACUCCCGGAGCUGAGGCCCGUUUUUCAAGAAACAGUGUUACGUGACGAGAGUCGAAGAUCGCGAACGCCACCAUGAGGAUCAAAAUGCCCGCGGUCAGGAUCGCGCAAGCGGAAACCUCGCAAAGUACCACGUCCCCAGACACCGUCCAAUGCGGGGGCUGCAGGGCGUCCUACCCCCUCGGAGAGAUCGUCCGGUUCAUCGAGCACAAGGUCAAUCAUUGUCGGAGCACCCUUCAGGGCUGCCACAGUCCACCGGCGACGGCCGCGCCGGAGGACUCGGACCCGGAGGACGCCCUCACCCUGAAAACCGCCGAUCCGGACUCCAAGUUGAACUCGGUGCCCAGCAUCUCGGCGCCCAUCAACAAGAGGAGCGGCCGACUGGAGAGUCCGCCGACGCCUCAGGGCCCGGGACCGGAUACCGGAAGUCCGAUCGACCUCAAGGCAAGCGCCAGCUCGACGCCGAAGAGACGGACGGAAGCACCGGACGAGGACAAGGAGGAACUUCCGAAGAAGCAGAAGACCGAGUCCGUGGACGCCGACACGAACACAGUCAAUUCCGAACCAAGGUGGCUACAGUGCUCGCAAUGUUCCCGACGGCUGUGCUCGGCGUGGGAGCUCCUUCAGCAUGUACAGAGCAUGCACGGCGCCCGCCUCUACUGCUCCUCCUCCUCGUCGACGAACUCGUCGUCGAAUACUCCGGCGCCUAGUCCACCGACGCCUACGCCGACGCACGCGCACCAUCUAAGUCCACCAAAUCAUUUGAACCUAAGCGGUAAGUCCACCGGAAGUUCCUCGGCAGCGAACUCUUCCGGUGGCACAAAUACGAGUGGCAGUAGCGGUAGCCGACAGCAGCUUCAGACCUCGUCCUUGGUGGGCGAUCCUCUCCACAGUUUUUUGAGGCUACCCCAACACUUGGAGCGAAGUUUCCCACCUAUGUUCAGGCCCGACUUUCUCACCCUGAAUCCCUUGGCGGGAUAUAGAGGUCUUCAGGAACUGCAGACUGCUACGCGGAAUCUGCAAAAUCUGGGCGAUCCGCUUCGCGGGAUGGACGGUUUAAAUCUGGGGGAUCCACUGGUGCGCAGCUCAUUGGAUUCCCUGAACAACGCUCGGAACCUAGCGAACCUAGCCGAGCUAUCACACGGCCGUGGCCUCGCCGGCCAAGCACACCCACCACCACUCGAAGCGAACCUGGAUUUUUACUCAGCGCGCCUAAGGAGCCUCGCUAAUCCGUCCUUAGGCGCGGCUCCACCUACACCUAGCGGUAAUCCUACAGCAAAUCCCCCACCUCCACCGGUGCCGCCAGUGCCGCCAGUCCCCGUCGCCAGCAGUGUUCAGCAACAACAACAACAGCAGCAACAGCAACAACAGUCGCAGCAGCAACAAUCGCAACCCCAUUCACAGCCGGUGAAACCGCCUAGUCCGGCCUCAAUUAAUCCCGCGAAUUUAACCCACAGCAGUCAUCAAAAAGAGAACUCGCCGCCCUGUUAUAGUCAAAGCCCAGUGGGUCAUCACAACAACAAUAAUUCGACCGACAGCGAAAAGACCAGCCCGCCGGUAGCAUCUACGCCAAUCAUCACUGAUUCUUCGUCGGAGACCGUGUACACGUGCGAGGUCUGUGACAAAAAGUUUCGCUUCCAAUCAAACUUGAUCGUUCAUCGUCGCAGUCAUCGGGACAAGGAAAGGCAAUACCAGCAGCAGGAAAGCACGCAAGAUGUCCAGAGUACGCCGUCGAGAUGCGAGGUGUGCGAGAUCGAGGUGGCGAGCUUCGCCGAGCUGAGGAAACACAUGAGGAAGGAACAUCAGGAGAACUUGAACUCGGCCGCCAGUCCGCAAGGCAGCGUUGAAACGGUGCCGGACGACGGGUCCAGCUGCGAUGAGAACAUGGACCUGGAUGAGAUGGAGGAGAACGAGCAGAAGAACGAGCGGGAGGACGCGGAGGAAAACACGCCGGAGGAUCUAAGCACUACUCAAGGGCAGAGCGGAGAGGAGAGCGGAGGUCGGGUGGAAAAACCGGCCAGCCUGGUAGGCGAUCUCAUGGAGAAGUUCGGUCUGAGUAACAUUGCUCAAUACUCAGAGGCUUAUCGACAAGCGUUGCAAGAAAAUCAUCGCAGCGGUUUCCUGAAAACCGACUCACCGUGCAACCUCACUAACUCGCUUAACAAUAACAAGGAGAAGGAGAGUGCUCUUUCGCCCACAAAUUUUAAUUCCUCAACGACGCCGAAUAUUUUUUCCGGCCAGGGGUUUCCUAGAUCUUCAGGGCCGGAUUUCGGGGGUCUUUGGCUGCCUAGUCCGCAUUACCUAGAGAACAACGAGUUUCGUAAGGUGUCCAAGGCCACGACGUCCAGUUUGUCGCUUCAGGGUCUGCCGAGUCCGCUGCUGAAGAAGGAGCGGAGCGGCCGAAACGACACUUGCGAGUAUUGCGGCAAAGUUUUCAAGAACUGCUCGAAUCUGACGGUGCACAGGCGGUCGCACACCGGCGAGAAGCCGUACAAGUGCGAGCUCUGUUCGUACGCAUGCGCCCAGAGCUCGAAGCUGACCAGGCACAUGAAGACCCAUGGCCGUCACGGCAAAGACACGUAUAAAUGUCGCUUCUGCGACAUGCCGUUCUCGGUGCCGAGCACGCUGGAGAAGCACAUGAGGAAAUGCGUAGUGGUGGUGCAGCAGGGCCCUAAGCUGGACAUUCCAUAUCCAGUGAUCAAGGAUGAGGACUCUUCACUUAGCAGUAAGGAUACUUGAUCCUGGAACGGAAGCCUACCAC